AUGAUGAUUUGGAGGUGUCUCGUAUUGUAUGAGGGAACGGGACGAUGUCGGUGGAACUUGUUCCUGGGGUUUAUAGGGCUCCUUGUCCUCAUAUCGUUAGGGUCGGGGCUUCUGCUUUUCGCCCUUAUAUUCAAGACAACGCACUUGGUUGGCAGUCUCUUUAUGAUUGCCGUUCCCUGCGCCACAUCUAUUACCAACAUCAUCUUCGCUACUCUUAUUACACUUCGUCUUCUUUGGCACCAGAGUCGAAUGAAAGAAGCACUUGGAUGGGCGUACAAGUCGCCAUAUACACGGAUAAUUACUAUCUGUAUCGAGUCAUGCUCGCUGAUUAUAGUGGUCUGCAUUGCCUUCCUCGUCAUUCGAUUGGGGGAUCUGCCUGGGAGAGUGAUACUGGAAAUGCUCCUCACGCCUGUAUCUGUCCUCUCCCCAUUACUUAUGAUUCACAAUGUCGCGAAAGGAAGGGACAUCGUUUCCACCAUUCAUACCCGACAGAUAGAGAUUAGAAUCGCGGACUUAAUGGCGCAACCCCACGGACGUGUAGGAAAUACAUCCAGUAGCAUACGUUUCGACCCCGAUUAUACUACUAGUAGCUGCGAUCAUGGACCUUAA